AUAUAUGAUGAGCAGAUUUAUUAAAGUGUCCCAGAAAUGGAGCAAACACCAUGGAAACCAGUAGAAUAACAUUAUAUUGGUAAAUAUGCUACUUUUACAACUUUGCACCAUGUUUCAGAUUUGUUUGUUUGUUUGUUUAUUUUUAAGAAAGUUGUGUAAUACUUAUAGUGGUUUUUUUUUGUUAUCCAGCAGUAUAUGAAAGCUUUUCUUUGCACAUGCCUGUAGCUUUUAACAUAUUUGCACAUUUUGGUAGGUAUUAUUCUACCAUACUAUAAACAUGUUUUUUUGUUUUAAAUGGGAGGUGCUAGAAUUAGUCCUGAUUUCAGUUUCACAAGGGUAUGCAACCAUCAGCACUCCACGUGUUGCAGACUAAAUCUCCCUUGAUACUUUGCCAGCAAUAUGUCUGUAAGAGCAUUACGAGAGAAGUUCAACCUCUGAAGUGCAAAAGGUUGCCUAACACAGUCCUCCACAUUCCUGAUUUUGUUCCCUGGUGUCCUGCGGCAGGGACAUAAGGGAAUCGAAACCAGUCAUCACAGAGAGAACAUACAGGUGAUACUUGAAAAAUUAGAAUAUCGUGCAAAAGUUCAUUUAUUUCAGUAAUGCAACGUAAAAGGAAUACUAAUAUAUGAGAUAGACGCAUUACAUGCAGAGCAAGAUAGUUCAAGCCGUGAUUUGUUAUAACUGCGAUGAUUAUGGCUUACAGCUCAUGAAAACCCCAAAUCCACAAUCUCAGUAAAUUAGAAUAUUGUGAAAAGGUGCAAUAUGAAGACUGCUGACCUGACAAUUGUGCAGAAAACCAUCAUUGACCCCCUCCAAGGAGGGAAAGCCUCAAAAGGGUAAUUGCGAAGGAAGUUGAAUGUUCUUAAAGUGCUGUAUCAAAGCACAUUAAUAGAAAGUUAUGUGGAAGGGAAAAGUGUGGAAGAAAAAGGUGCACAGGGAUGACCGCAGCCUGGACAGGAUUGUCAGGAAAAGGCCAUUCAAAUGUGUUGAGGACUUUCACGAGGAGUGGACCGAGGCUGGAGUCAGUGCAUCAAGAGCCACCACACACAGACAGAUCCUGGACAGGGGCUUCAGAUGUUGUAUUCCUCUUGUCAAGCCGCUCCUGAACAACAAACAACGUCAGAAGCGUCUUACCUGGGCUAAAGAAAAACAGACCUGGUCUGUUGCUCAGUGGUCCAAAGUCAUCUUUUCUGAUGAGAGCAACAUUUGCAUCUCAUUUGGAAACCAAUGACCCAGAGUCUGGAGGAAGAAUGGAGAGGCACACACUGCAAGAUGCUUGAAGUCCAGUGUGAAGUUUCCACAGUCUGUGUUGAUUCGGGGAGCCAUGUCAUCUGCUGGUUUUGGUACACUGUGCUUCAUUAAGUCCAGGGUCAACGCAGCCGUCUACCAGGAGAUUUUGGAGCACUUCAUGUUUCCUUCCGUAGACAAGCUUUAUGGGGAUGUUGACUUCAUUUUCCAGCAUGACUUGGCACCUGCCCACACUGCCAAAAAGCACCAAAGCCUGGUUCAAUGACCGUGGGAUUACUAUGCUUGAUUGGCCAGCAAACUCGCCUGUCCUGAACCCCAUAGAGAAUCUAUGGGGCAUUGCAAAGAGAAAGAUGAGAGACAUGAGACCGAACAAUGCAGAAGAGCUGAAGGCCGCUAUUGAAGCAUCCUGGUCUUCCAUAACACCUCAUCAGUGCCACAGGCUGAUAGCUUCCAUGCCAUGCCGCAUUGAGGCAGUAAUUGCUGCAAAAGCGGCCCAAACCAAGUACUAAGUUCAUAUGCAUGCUCAUACUUUUCAGAGGUCCGAUAUUGUUCUAUGUGCACUCCUUGUUUCACUGAUUGCAUGUAAUAUUCUAAUUUACUGAGAUUGUGGAUUUGGGGUUUUCAUGAGCUAUAAGCCAUCAUCAUCACACUUAUGACAAAUCAUGGCUUGAGCUAUCUUGCUUUGCAUGCAAUGCGUCUAUCUCAUAUUUAAUUUCCCCUUUUACGUUGCAUUCCUGAAAUAAAUUAACUUUUGCACGAUAUUCAAAUUUUUCGAGUAUCACCUGUAUAUUCCUACAUUUCAAAAGGUCAAAGAGACACUUUAAUUUUAGGGGUGUAAGUGGUGGUGGGCUGUUUUCAGAACAUUUAGAUGACUUACAAAUAACAAUAUAUACAACAAGAGUGUAGUGUAUUGCAACAAAGACAGAACUCUCGGCAGGGGCAAAAGUUUAGAGAAGCUCAGUAGCUUUCCCUUCGGUUAGUCCCCGCUAAGAUAAAGUGUAAUGUAGAACAAGGGACCUAAUUUACACAUGUAUCUUAUUUUUCUUAUCAUUUACUAAGCACUCCCUGCUUCCCCACAUUUAGCUUCGUACUUUAUUAAAGGGACACUAUAGUCACCCAGACUACUUCAUCUCAAUGAAGUGGUCUGGGCGCCAGGUCCCUCAGGUUUUAACCCUUCAGAUGUAAACAUAACAGUUUCAGAGAAACUGCUAUGUUUACAUUGCAGGGUUAAUCCAACCUCUAGUGGCUGUUUUCCUGACAGCCUCUAGAGGCGCAUCUGCGAUGCUGGAUGCGAAAUUUGAAUCCAGCCUGCAGAACAUCCAUAAGAAAGCAUUGAGAAAUGCUUUCCUAUGGACUGUUUGAAUGCGCGCACCCCGCCUGCGCAUUCCGCUCCAUUUGGGAGCUGACGUAUGUGGGGUAGGAGAGGCCACCAGCGCCGAGGGAGCACGGCGCUGGAAUAAGGUAAGCUGCUAAACGGGUUUUAACCACUUCAGCGCCACAGGAGAGGGACCCUGAGGGCACUAUAGUGUCAGGAAAACCGCUUUGUGAUCCUUUUACGCUCCUUCCCCUGUCCACCCCACACUCCCUACCAGAGCAUGCACUCUGAGCGAGCAAAACGGUUAGACCACGGAGGCCUCUAUUGAUGUCAGACAGAGGAGGGAGGUCAGCAUUAGUAGCUUCACCUGGCGCUGGAUGUCAUGUACGUUUCAAAACCUAUUAUUGCAGGAUUAGACCUAACAGUAAUGCCGAAUAGGGCAUUUUAACUUAAUAGAAAUAUUUGUUGCAUAAGGGUUACAGUAAACCUUUAAAGGUACAUUUCUUUGGAUAUAUAAUGCUCUGUAUUUUAAAGGGACACUGUGAUCACCUAAACAGCUUUAGCUUAAUGAAGCCGUUUUGGUAUGCAGAUCGUGCCCUUGCAGUCUCACUACUCAAUUCUUUUCCAUUUAGGAGUUAAAUCAUUUGUUUAUAGAGCCAUAGUCACACCUCCCUGCAUGAGACUCACACAACCUUCCUAAACCCUUCCUAUAAAGGUCAUCUAAUGUUUACACUUCCUUUAUUGCAAAUUCUGUUUAAUUUAGAAUUUCUUAUCUUCUGCUUUAUUAAAAGCCCUGCUCUGCAGGAUCCUCCUGUAUGUAAUUAAAGUUCAAUUUACGGAGCAGGAGAUAAAAUAUAUAUAUUUUUUAAAUGAAACCAUAUUGUUUUCAUGUAGGUUGUGUCAGUCACAGUCAGGGGAGGUGUGACUAGGGCUGCAUAAAUAGUAGUGAAACAUGAUCUAUACAGAAAACCGCUUCAUUAAGCUAAAGUUGUUUUGGUGACUAUAGUGUCCCUUUAAUGUACACUAAAGAUGUAGCAUUGACAUCACGAUGCAGUUCAAUCAGGGCUCAGCCAGGGGACACAUUGCAUUGGAGGAGGAAUUCUGUUUAUCCUUCUUUUCCUAUGCCGUCUAUGGUGAUUGCCAGAGCAAAGUUUAUAAAAAUGAUUAACUGGGAGCCAAGAUGUAUUUGCAAUGUCCUCCUGGAGGAGGAGAGCUCCCCGCCCAGUGCUGGAAAAAGGUAAGUUUUAACCCCUUUUCCCUUUCCAGAGGCGGGCGGGAGGGGGACCCUGAGGGUGGGGGCACCCUCAGGGCACUAUAGUGCCAGGAAAACGAGUAUGUUUUCCUGGCACUAUAGUGGUCCUUUAAGUGGUUAAGGUGUAUCAGCAAAAAGCAUUCCAAUUCUAUAGGAGUAGAUAGGAGACAAGCUGCAAGAUAAUGACCCCAAAAGGCUGUCAUAAUUUUCAUGAUACUGGAUAUAGAGUCCUACCAUAUAUGCUUUAGUGUUAAUUUCAGUGAGAUGGGUUCUCUGGCUGUUGGCAAAGGAAAUAACAGUUUGCUAUAGCCAGGAAUAUAGUAUGGAUUAUAUAGUGCUGUCACUCAAGCCUGAUGGCAGAAAAUGUAGUUAAAUAAUUUGUUAAAGAAAAAUAUUUUUUGCACCCAAGGAAGUCCUCCCACCCCCCAAGCUGGGGUCUUCUAUUAGUAACGAAUAACACUAAAUUAUUUUUCUUCGAACAGUAGAGAUUGUCCCCCUCACAAGGUCUGUGAGAUUUGCCUCAGGCAAUUUAGCAGGACUCAGCUACAUGUGCUUUCCAUAGGGACAGGAGGUAGCAGAGUGCUAUAAUUAAACUGUGGCAUGCAAACUUUCUCCAUGACAGCAUGUCUCUCUCUGAGAUGAGUAGUGAUCUCACUUGCAAAAGUUCAUCUAAAUUGCUGAGUAGUUCUUUAGCUGUCUUCGCAAUGUAGAAUCUCUGUUAGGAAGGGGCUCCACAAGCACAUCAUUAUUCCAGGACACCGCAGCAGCUGUGAAACAAGAUUUUACUGCAUAGAUUAUAGAUUCCUCGAGAGCAGUUGUCCUGAUUAGAAAGAAGUGACGACUGCAUAGGCAGCAUUCCUUGGUAUGUCAAGUACCCUCUUUAAGGCAGCAAGAAACUAGCGACAAUUAUAACUAAUAGGUAUUAAAAGGAAAAAGCGAAAGAGAUGGACUUAAAGGACCACUAUAGGCACCCAGACCACUUCAGCUCAAUGAAGUGGCCUGGGUGCCAGGUCCCUCUAGUUUUAACCUUGCAGCUGAAAACAUAGCAGUUUCAGAGAAACUGCUAUGUUUACAUUGAGGGUUAAUCCAGCAUCUAGUGGCUGUCUCACUGACAGCCACUAGAGGCCGCUUCCACGAUUCUCACUGUGAAAAUCACAGUGAGAAGACGCUGACGUCCAUAGGAAAGCAUUGAAUAAUGCUCUCCCAUGGGCGGUUUGAAUGCGCAUGUGGCUCUUGCUGCGCAUGCGCAUUCGGCGCUGGUGUUGGUAGGAGGAGGAGAGUUCCCCAGUGCAGAGGGAGCCUGGAGCUGGAGAAAGGUAAGUGAUUAACCCCUUCAGCCCCCUAGAGCCCGGUGGGAGGGGGGCCAUGAGGGUGGGGGGGACCUAAGGACUACAUAGGAAAAUGAGUUUGUUUUCCUGGCACUAUAGUGGUCCUUUAAAUUCAAAUUAGCUGCCAAACUAUAUAAGCAACCCACGGUUCACAGUGUACAAGUAACAACAAAAGCAGAAGUUGCUUUGUCUUGCGAAACCGUAUGAGAAUGACCAGUGUGUCUAAGUAAUAUUGUGUGACUUAAAAGAACUUGAUACAUUUAAUGGCCCAGUGCUAGACAGGGCUGGAUUAACAUACUGGCUGAUGGAGCUGCAGCUCCAGGCCCAGGCCCAUUGAUAUAUCUUUUUUUUUUCUUACAUUUUUUUUUUUUUUUUCACACACUACUCUUAGGGAUUCCACCUGGCUUUUAUUUUAUUUGCACAGCCAGUAUUUGAGGCUGCCUGGCUGGUGCCAAUAUUGCAGUGAUACUGGCAAUACAAAUGCUGGUAUUUUUCUCAGUAUAAACAAGAGAUUACUCUGCAAUACCAGCACUGGCCAGUAGGGGUCACUGUGUAUGGAGAGAGGCAGGGAUAGGAAGUUCCAGCAUAUCCCUCCCUGCCUAUCUAUACUCACUGAUCUGCAUGGGUGCAGCUACAGAGCGUCUAGACAGCAACUCCCACCCUGCAGAGAUAACACACAGCUCAGGGAAGUAAGGGAUGGGGAAAGGCUGCAAGGAGACAUACACUGAUACACUAAGGGGCACUGGGAGACAUUAUGGCAGACACUAACACUAAGGGACAUUGGGAGACAUUAUGGCAGACACUGAGACACUAAGGGAUACUGGGAGACAUUAUGGCAGACACUGAGACACUAAGGGACACUGGGAGACAUUAUGGCAGACACUGGGAGACAUUAUGGCAGACACUGGGACACUAAGGGACACUGGGAGACAUUAUGGCAGACAAUGAGACACUAAGGGACAUUGGGAGACAUUAUGGCAGACACUGAGACACUAAGGGACACUGGGAGACAUUAUGGUAUCCCCAUGUCUCUCUGCCAGUGUCCCUGGUGUCUCAGUGCCCCCUAGUCUCCCAGUGCCCCCUGUCUGCCAGUGUCUCACUGUCCCCAUGUCUCCUAGUGCCUCCAUGUCUCCCAGUGCCUCAGGUGUCUCAAUGUCCCCAUGUCUCCAAGCUAGUGUCCCUAGUGUCUGUGGCCCUGGUGUCUCCUUGUCCCCAUGUCUCCCAGUGCCCCCAUGUCUCAAUGUCCCCAUGUCCCCCAGUCAGUGUCUCUAGUGUCUGUGUGCCUGGUGUCUAUGUCCCCAUGUCUUCAAGUGUCCCCUAUUUUCCCAGUGUCCCCAUGCGUACCAGCCAGAGUCCCCUAGUCUCCCAGUGUCACUGGUGUCUCCGUGUCCCUAGGUCUCCCUGUGUCCCCAGGUCUUCCCGUCUUCCUAGUGACAUGGGGACCCUGGGAUACAUGGGGACACAGGGAGACACUGAUACAUAGGAACACUGAGACCUGGAGUAAUCAACACAUGGGGGCACUGGGAGACAUGGAGCCACUGGGAGGAAUCCAUCUAUACAGCAGAAUCAAACUAAGUAGUUUUUUGGUGAUUUUACAACAUUUUCUCUUAUGUCACUCGUUGUGAUUUACAUCAUGUGAUGUCACCCAUACAUAUUUAAUUUUGCAAAUUAGCAAGGCCGGUAUGUUUUUCCAAGAAAGGUGGCAACCCUAACUACUUUUCACAUACUCUUACUUAAGUAUGGAAACUUAAGAGGGAUGUAUGGGAACAAAACUUGUGUGGACUGGCUGACAAUGAAAAUAGCUAAAGGGACACUAGAGUCACCAGAAGAACUACAGCUUAUUGAAUUUGUUCUGGUGAGUAGAAUCAUUACCGUCAGGCUUUUUGCUGUAAACACUGUCUUUUCAGAGAAAAUGCAGUCUUUACAUUACAGCCUAGUGAUAACUUCACUGGCCACUCCUUAGAUGGCUGUUAGAGAUCCUUCCUGGGUCAUGGCUGCCUAAAAUGCAUCCAAACAUUCAGUUUCUCCUCCCUCUGCAUGCAGACACUGAACUUUCCUCAUAGAGAUUCAUUGAUUUAAUUCAUCUCUAUGAGGAGAUGCUGAUUGGCCAGGGCUGUGUUUGAAUCAUGCUGGCUCUGCCCCUGAUCUGCCUCUUUGUCAGUCUCAGCCAAUCCUAUGGGGAAGCACUGUGAUUGGAUUAGGCCAUCACUUCUAAUGAUGUCAGCAGACUGCUUGUUUUUCUGAGUCUAACAGCAUGAGUCAGGCUUGAAUACAGUAAGAUUUUGCAAUAUUUAUGGAGGCAUGAGGGGCCCAGGGGGGCUAGAUGGUGGUGUUAACACUAUAGGGUCAUGAAUUCAUGUUUGUGUUCCUGACCCUAUAGGAGCGAGCGCAUCAUUAGAUGCAUUUAUGCAAAGCUCAGGAUGCUGUCUGCAUAGUAUGCCCUUAGUUGGCCAGCUGCAUGAUUGGCAGGCAGUCUGACAUGCAUUUAUACCAGGCUGGCCUUCUAAUUCUUUGGGCAGACAUAUCCUCUUUUUGGGCAUGUUCGCCCCUUUUGGCAAGUUACGUGAUUUGUGUCAGUGGCACACCCUUUUACCCCGCCCAUUAACUUCCUGCUUGACUGGACACUGCUGUUAGGGGUUAUGGAUUUACUUAAAAGAUGAAAACAUAAAUUAGAGAGAGAUUAGCCUAGGGUAUGUGUUUUAUUAUAGCGGCUGUUUUCUUUCUCUCCAGCACCAUUUCCAUCAGAUACAUGACGCUUGGGAGUGUUUUACUGUUUUUGGUCGAUAUGAUUAUAUAAUUAGGCUCGUCAUAAUUGUCAGCACCAGGCCCGCUGGGCUCUUAAUCUGGCCCUGGUGCUAGAGGAUGAUGCAUUCCAAUCAGCUCACAUGACACACAUUUUCUUCAGCAGUAAAACAAAAGACAAUAAUAUUGAUAUGAGAAUUUUGUGUAAAAAAAAAGUGUAAGUAUAAGGGGAGAAAAAUCCUCAAUGGAUUGCUCAGCAGAGUGGGCAGCUUUGUGCAUAUGUUCUGCUGCAGUCUGAAAUGUUCUAAGCAGGAUCAUAAACAAAAGAUCACCUUUACAUCCUUAUCAUCUAUAAAUCAUAGAAAGCAGGGUACAAAUAGUGUACAGUGAGGGGAAAAAGUAUUUGAUCCCCUGCUGAUUUUGAACAUUUGUCCACUGUCAAAGAAAUCAGUCUAUAAUUUUAAUGGUAGGUGUAUUUUAACAGUGAGAGAGAUUAACCAAAAAAAUCCAGAAAAACCCAUGUCAAAAAAGUUAUAAAUUGAUUUGCAUGUUGAUGAGUGAAUUAAGUAUUUGACCCCUUCGACUUACUACUUGGUGGAAAAAACCCUUGUUGGCAAUCAAAGAGGUCAGACGUAUCUUGUAGUUGGCCACCAGGUUUGCACACAUCUCAGGAGGGAUUUUGUCCCACUCCUCUUUGCAGAUCCUCUCCAACUCAUUAAGGUUUCGAGGAUGACGUUUGGCAACUCGAACCUACAGCUCUCUCCACAGAUUUUCUAUGGGAUUAAAUUCUGGAGACUGGCUAGGCCACUCCAGGACCUUAUUGUGCUUUUUCUUGAGCCACUCCUUUGUUGCCUUGGCUGUGUGUUUUGGGUCAUUGUCAUGCUGGAAUACCCAUCCACAACCCAUUUUCAAUGCCCUGGCUGAGGGUAGGAACCUCACCCAAGAUUUGAUGGUACAUGGCGCUGUCCAUCGUCCAUUUGAUGCAGUACAGUUGUCCUGACCCCUUAGCAGAAAAACACCCCCAAAGCAGGCCCGUCGCUACGGGGUAGGCAAACCAAGCAAUUGCUUGGGGCCCCAAGCAGAGCCGGUGCCUAAUAUAAUGCUGCAGCCGCCUGAGAGCUCUAUAGAGAGCCUCAGGCGGCUGCAGCACUCCUCUCUCGUCACCUCCCCUUCCCUAUAGAGUGGCUGAGCUCCUCUUACUCCUGGCUGUCAGUCUGGCCAGGUACCGCGUGGUACAGGAGAUUCAGUUUCCUGUUCCUGGCCGGACUGACAGGAAGUGCACACUCAGGACUCACUUCCUUUCAGUCCGGCUGGGAACAGGAAACUGAAUCUCCUGUUACCGCGCGGUAUCCAGGCUUGACAGCCAGGAGGAAGAGGAGCUCGGCCACGCUACAGGGAAGGGGAGGUGAGAACUGAGAACAUGAGGGGGAGUAAAAAAAACAUUGGGGGGGGAGUAAAAAAAAACAUGGGGGGAGAGUAAAAAAAACACGGGGGGAGUAAAACGAACAUAGGGAGGGGAGUAAAAAGGACACGGGAGGGAGUAAGAAGGACAGGGGAGGGAGUAAGAAGGGGAGGGGGAGUAAGAAGGACAGGAGGGGAGUAAGAAGGACACAGGGAGGGAGAGGGGAGUAAGAAGGACACAGGGAGGGAGGGAGUAAGAAGGACACUGGGAGGGCGUAAGAAGGACACAGGGAGGGGAGUAAGAAGGACACAGGGAGGGGGAGGGAGGAGUAAGAAGGACACAGGGAGGGGGAGGGGAGUAAGAAGGACACAGGGGAGAAGUUUUAGAUAAUUUGCACAUGUUUGUGAGAACUGAAAAAUGUUAAUGUAUGUGUGUUUUAAGUAUGUUGGAUUUAGUUAUUGUGCACUUUUUUAACCCCUUAAGGACCAAACUUCUGGAAUAAAAGGGAAUCAUGACAUGUCACACGUCAUGUGUCCUUAAGGGGUUAAUGUAAAUUUGAUUUUAUGGUACAGUGGUGUUUUUUGCAAAUGUUCAAUUGUUGAAAAUGUUCAAAUUUUAUGCACAUUAAAUUUAACAGCAGUAUUUGCACUGUAAACAUUUUUUAUUUAUGCACAGUAUAUGCAACAGCAGUAUUUGCACUGUAAACAUUUUUUAUUUAUAUAAAGUGAUGGUGAACUUAAAGGCUAUGCUGUGGUUCCUGUAGGCUUUGCGUGCGUGUGGGGGGGAUUGGGGGGACCUCCAUGUCCAUUUUGCUUGGGGCCCCCAAAUUCCUUCAAACGGCCCUGCCCCAAAGCAUAAUGUUUCCACCUCAAUGUUUGACGGUGGGUAUGGUGUUUUUGGGGUCAUAGGCAGCAUUUCUCCUCCUCCAAACACGGCGAGUUGGGUUGAUGCCAAAGAGCUCGAUUUUUGUCUCAUCAACACUUUCACCCAGUUCUCCUCUGAAUCAUUGAGAUGUUCAUUGGCAAACUUCAAAUGGGCCUGUACAUGUACUUUCUUGAGCAGGGGGACCUUGCAGCAUUGCAGGAUUUCAGUCCUUCACGGCGCAGUGUGUUACCAAUUUGUUUUCUUGGUGACAAUGGUCCCAGCUGCUUUGAGAUCAUAACAAGAUCCUCCCGUGUAGUUCUCGGCUGAUUCCUCACCGUUCUCAUGAUCAUUGAAACUCUUGCAUGGAGCACCAGACUGAGGGAGACUGACAGUUCUUUUGAGUUUCUUCCAUUAAGACAUAAUAAUCGCACCAACUGUUGUCACCUUCUCACCAUGCCCAUUCCAGCCUUGUGUAGGUCUACAACCUUGUCCCUGACAUCCUUGGACAGUUCUUUGGUCUUGGUCAUGGUGGAGAGUUUGGAAUCUGAUUGAUUGCUUCUGUGGAUAGGUGUCUUUCAUACAGGUAACGAGCUGAGAUUGAGAUUGCUCCUAAUCUCAGCUCGUUACCUGUAUAAAAGGCACCUGGGAGCCAGAAAUCUUGCUGAUUAAUAGGGGAUCAAAUACUUAUUUCACUAAUUGAAAUAAAUUGCAAAUCAAUUUAUAUCUUUUUUGACAUGCAUUUUUCUGUAAAAUACACCUACCAUUAAAAUUCGAUCAAAUACUUUUUUCCCUUACUGUAACUUUUGCAUACAUGUAACCAGGUUGUUUUCAAUAAUACCUGAAGUCACCCAUAAAGCAUUUCCCCAUUCUCUAAAUUAUGAAUGAAACCUGACACUUAAUAAUGAAGCCAUAGCUGUACCCUUAUCCUCACAAGACCAUCUCUUUGGUACAAUACGUAUUUAUUUGGGUAAAUGAUGACAGGUAUUUUGACAUGAGUGCCAUGCAGUGGAAAGUAUCCUUGACAUCCUCAGAAAUAGUGCAUACACAUAUAUAUUCCUUGUCCCUAGAUCUAACUCCUAAGAUAUAAUUAGGUUUAAAAAAUGGGUAAUACUCAAUAUAUCUCCAGUUUCUCCUUGGAAGGAGUGCUUACAGCAACAAAACAACAUUUUUAAUAGCCUACAGAACCUUCCCUGUCAGGCAGAGAAGUUGCAUCAAAUUUUACAAUAUACUAUAAAGGCUAUUCACCACAGUGAAAAUUCAAAGUGAAAUUCAAAUUUAAGGUCAAUAUAGAUGAACUGGAAAAAUGAUCUGUCAUCUAUGCUUUCAGUUUGGCUGUUCUCUUUGAAUUCUUACUUCAGUGAAUAACCUUGUAGACUUUUUUUUUAAAUUCUUUAUUUUAUUUUAGGCGUGCAGUGGUAAGUACAAGCUUUUGUAAUGACAAAUGACAGGAGAUAAAAUGACAAUAUAUAAGCAUAUAAGAGCAAGAUGUGCUGCAUUUUGUGUGGUAAUAAAGAUAUAGCAAGCAGGCUAGUGAACAUGUCUACAUAGAGAUAGUAACAUUUGUGCAUGAACAGGUUGAGUAUUUUAGGCAUAGUAGAUUCAUGUAACACUUUUUAAUAAAUAAAAUAAUAAAACAAAGAAAUACGUGCUCUGAUAGCCAGGCCCUCAGCGUGUGACUGUUAAUAUUUUAAUUGCAAGAGGGUUGCCUCUAUUGGAGGGAUACCUGUUAAGGUUAUGCGAGUGUGGCGAUGGGCUGUUAUCCUGCUCCUGAAGGAAAUAUGAGUGUGAACAAUUAAUGAGCCUGUGUAUUAAUAUACGCUUGUAGGGCUCUCUAUCUAGGGCCAGUAAGGGCCUUCUAAAAGUGAAAUAGGCUGGUGACCAUGCCAGAGGCAUGAUGAGUUGUGUACCAGAGUGAUGGUAGUAAGCUCCUUAACCCCGGAACUUAAGGGGGGUGGGGGGUGGAGCGGGAGUGAGGUGAUUAGAGGCACUAUAUAGAUAAGGGCCUGUAUGCUUACUGACGGUGCCCCUAUGAUUGUAUAAUUGGGUUCAGAUGGGUUAGUACAUGGACACAAAAUUCAUAUAGCCUUGCAGCGCUACGUGAACUUCCUUUUGAAGUAUAGCAUCAUGCUAUCCACUGUUAUUCUUGUAGACUUUUUUUUACAGGAAUGCCUAAGUACCCAAAGAUUUGGUAGUUAGGAAGAAUCUUCAUAAUAGCCCAUUAACAGGAAUAGCAUAGAGACCCUGACUCUAGCGGAUUAGUUGAUACCCAUCUCUAGUCUACUAGCAUCAUUGCUGAUUUCUAGUAACCCAUUUCAUGUUUGGGUUUUGUGUAGUGUUGUCAGAUCUAGCAUGUUUUUCUGGGCGCAUACACCUUAUACACGAUGGAAGGCACAAGAAAAGUGUUGCUCUAUAGUUGUUAGAAUUUGUAUGCCACUUUGUCAUUUUGUUUUAAGGAUAGUUAUAUAUUUUUUCAUUCUGUUGGGCACGGAUUGAAAGAACUAAAGUAAUAGUUUGGACAUUUUAGGCCAAGUUUUGCCAUUCAGAUGUAAUUCAAAUUCAGACUUUAAUUAAUAACUCUGUAUAAUGUGAAUUGUUAGAAUUCCAAGUGAAAUUGUAAUUUUAAGGCAAAUUACAAAUAUUCCCCUGGUCAGCUAACAGUCAUUAAGGCUACUUGAAGUACAAAAAUAUAACAGUGUACACUUAGUGAUUGUUCUUCGCAUAGUCAAUACUUGUUUUGUAAAUAUGGGGCUGUAGAUUAGAACAUUGACAGCAGAGGGCGCUGUGACAUGGACUGUGUUUAUUGUAACUUCGAAUCCUCUAUGGUUUCUCUAGUCCAUGUGGAAGGCAGGAUAAAUGAAUGUGUACUGAGCAAGGUGAGUGUUUAAUGUCCAUUUGUAUUGUGACAUGUCACGUCUGCUGCCUUCACACAGUCAUAUUAACCGGACGAAAUAAGCAAAGUUGCAGCAAGUACAGCGUAGGGUUGCAGAAUGUUAGCACAUAUUAUUAAUGAUUAGUACUUGGCCACGAUUACACAAGUAAUUAUAUAUACACGUGGAGGAGAAAGAUAUUCCAUUUAGGGUCAUACAUUAAGAUACAGUUGGGUGUUAACACAGAAAAUGUAUCAUUAUAGUGUAGUGGUUAUGGUAUUUGGAGUGUUCCUUUAAUGUAGUAGUUUUUGUGCAAAUAUUUUGUCUCAGCAGUCUUACUAAUAUAAACAUUACUGCUAUGGAUAAACUGCAAUGUUUACUACCUUUGUCAUUAUUCCUCUAGUUGAAGUCAUUUGGACUGCCACUGUAGGCACUACCUUCUGAAGACUUUCAAUUAUUGAAAGUCAUAACAUUCUGUAUUUCUAAAAUAUUUGAAUGCUUUUUAUUGAUAAAAUAUUGAAUUCAGAUUGUUGACCAUGCCCAGUAAGUCCCCAAUGCUUUGUUAUAAUUAAUAUAUUGAUUAGUGAGGUAAUAGGGUUAGACUAUGUAUCUUAGAACUGAGAGCAAUUUCAGAAGAGGAGGAGAGUGUUGCUAACUGAAAAGUCCUAGAAGAUUGUCCUUUCACCAGAGUAUAUUUCAAUCGCCUAUUCAUAGUGACGUUAUUUUAACUUUAUUUUAACUUAUUGUUCUUAAUGCAAUGAAAAAGAAUAUGGUGGUAUGUAUAAUAAGGCGCUAUAAAAUUAGAGAAAAUAUAAUAAGAAUACAGUGCAGCUAUAACCACCGUGAAAUCAACCACACAAUUUCACAAUAGAACAGAAAAUACAAACUAAUACAAAGAAGUGGAAAGCGCAUUAGUAGACCUGUAUAUGUGUGAUAGUACUCUUUUAUAUAAAGUGUAGUAAAUAAAUAUUAUACAUACACUUAGAGGAAAAACUUGUUCCAGAUGAUGUGUCUACAAAAGAAAUGCUCACAUAGGGGCAGUACAGUCUGCAUAAAACCCAAAUCAUACAAUUCACAAAAUUUAGGCGCUUAGUUAGGGAUCGACCGAUAUUGAUUUUUUUAGAGCUGAUAACUUAACAUUGCUCUGGCAGUAGUGCGCCUUAAGUAAAGCCACAGUGCUGGUAAGUGAUUCUACCUGGGAUUGGGAUUCUUUUAGCCAGCCCUCUCUUGAGUCUUCUCUCAGGAUUCAACAUCAUCAAUGCGUCGGUGUACUCCAUCUAUCUCUGUCUGCUUUCCAGACUUCUCAUAGGUAGAGUAAAAGCGUUUUGAUGUCCCCUUUAGUAGAGGGUGAAGUAUCUGAGUAUGUUCUCCGGUACAUUCCACCUGGGACCUGUGAGACAUUAGGUCUCUCUUCAUCUUAGGUGAUUUCUGGGUCCUUUGAGCCUCGUGGCCUAUUGGACGCUAUUUUAAAGGGACUCUCCAGUGGCAGGAAAACAAACCCGUUUUUCUGGCACUAGAGAAUCCUGGAGUGUCCGCCUCCCUCCUGCCCCCCAUCCAAUGUUGCUGAAGAGGUUAAAACCCCUUCAGACAUUUAUCUGAAUCCAGCGCGGUUGUCCCCCAUGGGUCCGCCCCCGCUGAUGUCCGCCAGCGGAGGAGACCUAAUGCGCGGCAAUGGGCGCGCGCAUUAGACCUCCCCAUAGGAAAGCAUUAUUAGGAAUGCUUUCCUACGGGGAUUCCUAUAAAGGACGUCCAGCGUUGUUUAAGUGACCAAAAAGUCGUUUAAGAACCUGGAAAUCCCUCUAGUGGUUGUCUGAUAGACAGCCACUAGAGGAGGAUUUAACCCUGCAAGGUAAUUAUUGCAAUUUAUAACAAAAUGCAAUAAUUACACUUGCUGGGUUAAGGGUGAUGGGAGUUGGCACCCAGACCACUCCAAUGGGCAGAAGGGGUCUGGGUGCCUGGAGUGUCCCUUUAAGUUGGGGCUUCAUUAGUGGCCUGUCAAAUGACAAAUGUAUAUCAAGCAGGUGAGAGCCUUUCCAUGAGCUAAUUUUUGGCAUUUUCAACCCAUCUCUCUGUAGGGGGCUAUAAGGUGUUAUACAAAACACAGAGAGAAGGGUGCGCCAAGGGAUAAGGGAUGAAACAAAAUUUAGAGAACUUUGUGGGUGUGACAAAAUAUAAUAGGAUAUACUAUAAAAGACUGUCCAAAAUAUCAGAGAAAAAAAAGUCCAAAUAGUCAACCUUGAUGGAUGAUGGGAUGAUUAUGCCUUGCGUGGUAUGUUGAUCAGCGUAGGUGAGUAUGUCAUCCGAUAAACUCAUAAAUUCAGGGACAUAUGAAAAAAGAAACAAAAGAGACUCCAAUGGUGCAGUACGUCUUGGUACGGGUAUUAGUAUAUAGAGGUAAGUCUAAAGAAGUGCCUACUCACGUGGCAUAGAGCUAAGACCAGCUCUGGUAUGGAUUACCUGUAGUGGUAUUGAUCCCCCACUUAUGGGAAAACAGAGGGCGGUAUUGGUCUCAGCAGCAGUCUUAUUCAACAGGGGUUAUAAACCUCAGGUAUAUAAAAAAAAUAGAAAGUGCAACAAUAGUGCUCACUGUAUAAAAUAUAUAAGAUAUGAUAAAAACCAAAAGGUUAUACUCACAUUUGACUGAGCAGACAACCCGCUCAGUAACCAACAACCUUUUAUUAUAACAAAAUAAAAUCAAUCUACAACGCGUUUCACCCGGUGGGCUUUUUCAAGUGGCCUUUUGGCUUUAAGGUGUUAUCUGCUCAGCAAAAGAUCGCAAAUAUCAUGGCAAAAGGGCUAUUAUAGUUUUUUUUAAAUUAUUACUGGCAUUUAUAUAGUGCUAACUUAUACUGCAGCGCUAUGGAGCUCUACACAGACAUGUCUGGCCAUUCCCCUACCCUCGAAAGAUACACUUUUAGACCAGAAAAUGCUACAGUAAUUCUUAAGUAUUUAUAGAGCUGUCAUUGUUUUUCCUCAGAAUGGAUGCUUCUUCUGCAUGUUUCUCAUCAGAAUCUGAUUUCUGCUCAGACUGUGGCUCAGUGUUGCCCCCCCCUGGUGACCAGGACACAGUAACUUGUCGUCGUUGCUCACACCGUACACAAGUAACAGGUCAGGACAGAUUGAUAUAUUAGCCGGUGUAUAUGAAAUAUGGUUCAUUUAUGUUAAUUUCUCAAUUAUGUUCACCACUUUUUAUUCUUGUUCUAUGGUGAAACCUUAAGUUGUCUCCUAUAAUAUUAAAUAUUUUAUUUAUGUAGCCAGGGCCAUAUUGCUGUUGAAUGUAACAUAGACUCUCUUUUGCAGAAUUCCUUGGGAAAUAUGUUCAGACAUCUGUUAUAAUUAACAAGCUUGACACCAUUGCAUUAUCGAACGAUGCUGAUGACACUGGAGCGUUAAAUGGACCCCUGGUAAGCACUGAGUAGCCUGUACAAUAUCUUGCUAUCUGAUGUCAGGUUGUAUUUUAUUUUAUUUACUUACUAUCCUGUGGUAGAUCAGUUUUAUUAUCUUUUAUAUGUAGUUUAGAUCAAAAUCAAGUAUUUUUGUUUUUGUACCCCCCUCCCCCCUCUCUCAGAUUGACAGGCGAUGCUCACGCUGUGGAUUUGAUAAGAUGGUUUAUCACACAAGACAGAUGCGAUCUGCUGAUGAAGGACAGACUGUAUUCUAUACAUGCACCCAGUGCCGGUAAGAGUACAAAUUGGUCAAUUUCUUAUGUUUUCUGACCAUGUAGAGCUUAUACAGUAUUAUCAAUUUAUUUAUAGACAUUGCAUGUGAUAAUUUUUGCUUUCUACUUGUGUGUAUGAUGACCAUGAAGGAAAAUAUCCUUGAAAGGCUUUUAAUCCUAUUUUAUUAUAUCAGUUUAUUAAAGAGACUCCAAGCACUCUGACAAUCUAAUCUCAAUGAAGUUGUCUGGGAACCAUGACCCCUGACCCUGACAUUACAGGAACUGUAAUGUUUAUAUUGCAUGUUUAUCACUCUUCGAGUGGCUGUCAGGUGGUCAGUAGAGUUGCUGUGUUAUGUUUUGCCAUGCAUGCACACACUGCUUCCCUAUAAGAAUCUUGAUGAUCACAUCCUGGAGAAUGUAAUAUAAAUUAAAGCGGCACUGUCUUGCCAAACUUACUUUUCCCCAAACCCUUCCUCUUCUCUCCCUCCUCAGGAUGUGUUCUUCAUUUUUUUCCUAUCUGCUUUAGUUUUCUUUCAAACAUAAGACAAAGUAGGGACUACUUUGUCAUAUGUAUUUUUCCUACGCUUGACCAUUUCUGAACUACUUCUUGUUGUGAGAGAAAUUUUCCCACAAUACUCACCCUUUCCUCUAUGAUCUCGCAAUACCGAAUGUUGUCCUAACAGAAAAAGAACAGUUUGUUCAUUCAUGUUAGGACGCAAUUCUUGACUUUUGUUAGGAUUUUAAUUUAAUUUGAAUUAAUAAAACUCCAAUCCUAUUCAUGCUGCGGCUGCAUAUUGCAGCCGCUUAGUAGAUAGUUCCCUAGUUCCCACGGUAUUGGGUAGCUAUCCUCACAAGGCUGAAAGACCUAAUAAUACUUAGUAUUAGUUAACAAGGGAGUUUUAAAUCUCCUGAAUGCCCCUACUUGCUAUACCGUGAGUAGGGGCAUGUCUAAUACACAGUGUUCUAAAAAGAAGCUCCCCACUCCCCGAAUCAAUUAAUGCGGAACCUAGUACAGGUCCCCCAUGGUGGGGCAUCUAUAAAAAUAAUUAACAGGGAAGGAAAUAGUGUACUCGCGAGUUUGACAUGCUUGAUCUAAACCUUAUUCUGGCAAUCAUUAAACAAUCUUGGAAGGUAUUGACUUAAAUUGUUGUUUGCCCAGGUACCAGGAGACCUCCUCUUCUAUGGUUGCAUUGAUCAUGGGGCUGGGCUUUUUCGCCGCCAAUGUAGUCGGAGUUGGGGAAAAUAUAAAGUGCUCCAGUCUAAGAACUGCUCAGGAACAAUUUCACAUUAAAGGACCACUAUAGGCACCCAGACCACUUCAGCUUAAUGAAGUGGUCUGGGUGCCAAGUCAAGCUAGGUUUAACCCUUUUUGCUGUAAACAUAGCAGUUUCAGAGAAACUGCUAUGUUUACCUAUGGGUUAAUCCAGCCUCUAGUGACUGUCUCAUUGACAGCCGAAAGAGGCGCUUCUCACUGUGAUUUUCUUGCCGUGCAUGCGCAUUCAGCCAGGGCCUUCAGAAGAGGGAGGAGAGUCCCAGUGCCAAGGGAGCCCCACGCUGGAAAAAAGGUAAGGGAUUAACCCCUUCAGCGCCAUGGGAGUGGGACCCUGAGGGUGAGGGCACCCUCAGGGCACUAUAGUGCCAGGAAAACGAGUACCGUAUGUUUUCCUGGCACUAUAGUGGUCCUUUAAAGCAGGUGAUGGUGCGAAGACCAAUAUAUGUGCUACUUUGAACAUUACAAAAAACAAACACAUUUAAACCCCAAUUAGAUGUUUUUUCAAAUAAUCAUUCAAAGAAUUACCAAUACAGAACAAAAGUUCAUCAAGCUCUUGGCAAAGACAAUUUGUUUCACUUGUGUUAAACUUAUGUCUAGAAGUUCAUAAAGCCACUUUCUCACAUAAAAUCAAUGUGUUAAUAUUUUUCUAUUGGUUUGCUGUAUAUUAAAUAUUUACAUGCUAUUUCUUGGUGACACUGUGGAAUUUCUUAUUUAGGUUAAUCCCUAAAUUUGCUUUCAGUUUUUGCCUUCGGUCUUGAUUUUAUAACUAUUUCUAUUAUAUAAAGCAGUGCUGUGGAUUUUUUUUACUUGCAGACUAAAUCCCUUUUAAUUUAUACAUCUGAAAUGUGUUAAAUAUUUGCCCUCUCAACUUUUCUUUAAUCCUCUUUUUUUUCUAUGUUUGUAUUAAUCACUUUUCCUGUCUCACCCACUCUAGCUUCCAGGAGAAGGAGGAUUCUUGAUGUUAUACUCUGGGCUUUAGAUCUUGUCCUGCUAUCACAUUCCCCAUCAAACCUGCUCUGGACACUUUGUCAAUAAAGUUUAUUUUGUUAACAUUUCCAGCUUAUUUUCCUAACGUAUGUCAUUUCUAAAGUACUGUAGAGAUGCUUUAUCUCUAUAGCCAACAUCAAUUUUAUGUAUUUAUUAAACUCUAAGUCUGGCAGGGAAUGAGCAUAGGUGGUACCUCUAACGCUGAUUUUGCAGAGAUUCAUAGACUGGAGCUGGAUUUUAUUUUGCCCAUUUUUUUAUUUUUUUAUAUGGUUGAAAAAAGAAUCUUUAAAAAUAGGUUUAAUAUGAAAACUUUUAAAAUGAUAGUUUUUCAUUUUUAAUUACAGCUGAUUUUUCUUCUGUUUGAUAUAUUACAUUGUUUUGUGUAAUGAUCUACAUUUCACCACUUCAGUAAAAAUAGAGCCUCUCAAAUUGCACAUCUUAGAAGAGUGAUUUUCUGUCCGGAGGUUUAUCUCUCAAGUUCUUAAAAUACUUUGUGUAAAUGUUGAUGAUAUUGCAAGUAAAUGGUUAAAAGAUUUAGAUCAUUGUGUCAAGAAAGUCAUAUGUAAUGUUAUAUAUUUAGUCAUCCCUCCAUAGUGCUGGUAUUCUUUCCACAGCUUUUUGCUAUUCAGUAUGUCUUAUAACUUUAUGAAUCUAUAGUAAUAUACCUAUAGGGAUUGCUUUUAUGUUAAACAAAAAAAAAAAAAAAACCUCUUUCAGUUUUGAUUUCACGUUCUAGCUGAAAGAUUUAUAUAGGGGUGUUUUGCACAGUUUGUUAAAAGAAAUCGUGAAUCCCAAAUGUUUAGGUAGUCUUCAUGAUAUAUUGUUAUUAACAAAACUAAAUAUAUGGGACUUGACAUAUAUGCAUGUAUCCGAGAUAUUGCGUAUUCAUUGUGUUGUUUGCAUAACGGAGUAUGACGCAUGUCUUUCUAAUGAUAUCGCAUAAAUACCAUUGGCAUAAUACCGAGCUGACUCUGGUGUCAUUUAUACUUAAAUAUUAAUCUUUAGUGUGUCUGUGUACAUUUUUCUUCUCCAUCUGGCUGUACCAGUGCUUGUGGUAGAUGCACAAAUGCAAGAAAGGAAUUUUUGCUCUUUGAGUAAUAGUUUUUUUGCUCCCUAUACAUUUCAUUGCCGAAGUAACCAUAUGUAUCAAACAAUACAGCCGUUCUGCCUAUAUAAGAAAGCAAUUUGAAAGAUGUAUUUCCUUUUGUUUCUCUUAGCGUUUCUGUGGAGAUGUGUAAGUAUCCUAGAACUGUUGCUGAUUAGACUCUGACAUUUCGUAGUUUACAUCCAGUCCUGUCACUGUCAAACCUUGGCGUGUGUAUGAUAUUGAACUUUGGUUGUGAGCAUUUAGGGAAUUAUGUUCCUAAACAGAUAGUCAAAGUUUAUUUAGUGACUUCACUUAACAGGAUAAACAAGAAAGCCAUCUAAAAGUGAAAUUUAUACUGUAAAACUUUAAGAAUUCACUGUUUUAUAAAAUAGG